GUUGAUUUGAAAUAUUUAUAAACGUGCUGAAUAUAUAACUUGAAAGUUAUUUAGUGGUUAAACAGAGAAAAACCUUGUAUAUUCGUUCGUGCGGUGACAAGAAAUGAAGGUAUGGGCUCAUUUAUGAUGUUGAAUAACUUUAACGACUGGGUACAAGGGAAACCCGUUGCAACGUGCGCAGGGGGAUCCCCUCGUUUUCAAGAACAACGCGUGAUAUUUUGAAAAAUGAACACAAUAAAUGGUAAAUAUUUAUCAUAGCCAUGGUACUAUUGCGUAUAUAGCAUUGAGAUAUCAAAUCAAGCAAUCAGUUAAAUUUCAUUGUGAUUUCAUAGCAGAACGUUAACAACGAAAUUCGUUUACGUUUGACAAGUACAGAUAGUCGAAAAAACAAAGUGAAAUAAUUUUAAUGUGAAGAAAAAAUUUGCUAGAAAGUGUUUUGUGUUACACAUCGAGGGAUAACGAAAAUGUUGUUGAGGAUACGUUACUGCUGCUUCAUGUUGGUUGUAUUUUUAGCAUUCGUGCAAAGCCAAGAGUUCAUAGAGAGCAAAACGAAGGGAGCCAUGAAAUUAAAAAUCUGCAUCGUGGAAGGUAAUGGUCUUUACAGAAAAGGAGCUCGGAAUUGUCCAACUCUGGAAUCUCAAACAAACAUUGAGUGCGUGUAUGGUUUAGAUAGACUUGACUGCCUGAGAAAAAUUAGAAAAGGAUUCGCCCAUUUUGCUGUUUUUUCACCAGAAGAUCUACUUGCCGCCAGAUGGAGUGGUACUGAAAUAUUAGUUACAAGUGAACUACGCUUUCAUAAUGAGUUUUUCGAAUAUCAAAUUGUGGCUGUAGUAGACAAUGAAGCACACAUCAAUACGGUGAGAGAAUUGAAAGGUAGCAAGUUUUGUCAUCCGGGGCAUGGAAUUCAAAAUCAUUGGACUGAGGUUUUAGCUGACUAUUUUGAAACAAAACUGGUACCACGAGAGUGCGAAGAUGAGUUGUCACUAACCGAAUCAAAAAUCAAAGCAGCUGCUAACUUCUUUGGUCCAUCUUGUAAAGCAGGUCCAUGGGUUUCGGAUCCAGUUGACGAUCGUGCUUUGAAAAACAAAUAUCCUUCGUUAUGUCAGCUGUGCUACAACCCGUAUCAAUGUGGGAUUGGAGAUAAACAUUGGGGCCGUCGAGGACCCUUGUAUUGUUUAACGAGCGGUGCGGGGGAUGUUGCAUGGGUGCGGCUAGAUGAUGUGCGAAGUCAUUUUGGACUCAGUGGUCUACCGCCAGAGGCAAACCCGUCCGAUUACAGCUUUUUGUGCCCAGAUGGGCAUUUACAACCAUUAGAUACAAAAAAGCCAUGCGUUUGGUUAGCUAAGCCAUGGCCUGCCGUUGCUGCACAAAGGAGUGUUGCACUCAGAGUACAAGAUACUGUUGCAGAUCUUACACAUGACGAUAUACACGGCUGGCAAAAUGCAUUGCUCAUGCUCUUGGAAACAUAUCAUGUGAAUGUAUCAACUCUUGAUAACACAAUACCAGUAGACGACUAUUUGGACCAAGCAGUAGGAUUCCAGGACGCCUAUAGUUUACCUUCAUGCAAUCCCCCACGAUCAAUAUUAUUUUGCACAAAAUCUUUGGUGGAACUUUCAAAAUGCUCAUGGUUACAAGAAGUUGCAUUAGUUUAUGGCGUUGAACCAAAUUUACAGUGCAUGCGGGCUGACUCAUUGGACGAUUGCUUGAAAAAUGCAGAACAUAAAGUGUCAGAUGUAAUAAUUGUCGAUCAGGACAGUCGUUUAAGAGCUCAACGAGAUUAUCUACUGCAGCCUAUAUUAUAUGAGUAUUCCCCAACAUUCGAGGGCAAAUAUGUAGUCAUUGCUGUGGUUGAGGCUGAUUCAGGAAUAAAAUCCGGAUACGAUCUUCAGGGUAAAAUGGCUUGCUUUCCGAGCUUCGAAGGAGCAGCUCACGUAUCGGUUCUAGAAACCCUUAUUAAUCAUACAAAUUUUGUUGAUGAAUGCACCGAUGUAUCAAAUUAUUUUUCUAAGCAGUCAUGUAAUUGGAUCAGUCAAUCAAGUUGUCCUGAGAUAUACAAUGGAGAAGAAGGUGCACUUAGAUGCCUUCUUGAAGGUAGUGGUGAUGUGGCAUUCAUGAGCUACGAAACCUUCAAGCGAUUCCAAGGAAAAGAAAUUCCGUGGACCCUUAUGUAUAAUCCAAAGAAAUAUUCUAUUUUUUGUCCUUUCAACAAACCAUUGACAUCAAAAGCAGUUUGUUAUCUAAAUUGGGUCCCAAGAGGUCAUUUAAUGAUAAGUUCAACUACAACGGAACUUCGUCAAAAAGAAAUAUACAACUCUUUAAGAGAGAUUGAUAGACUACUUGGAAAGAAGUACAAAGCAACAACAGCUUCGUUCACUAUGUAUGGACCAUUUGACCGUAAAUCGAAUAUCAUUUUCAGGGAUAACACCGAAUCCCUCAGAAGCCGUACAGAAUUGUACCGAGAUAAAAAGGCUGGUUUACUCGAUACUGUAUAUUUCAAACUUGCACAUAAGAACUGUUCGCGAAAUAUUUCGCUAAAGAUAACUGUAUCACCAAUACUCGUGACGUUUGCCAUAUUAUCAUGCCUAUGUUGCUUAUACUUUUGAUUUUCAUUGGUCUUUAUCCGCGUUCAACUGAAUGAUUGGUUAGUUCGAUAUUAUUGAAAACCUUUGUGAUAUUAUUCAUAUUUAAAAAAAAAUGAAAUAUAAUCUCUUGCUUCUUGUCCAGAA